AUGACUGAGAAUGAGCCGAAAAAAGGCACAAGAAUUUCAAUUCUCCUAUAUAUUCCUGGGCAAAUAGUUCUAAAGAUUGGUGCAAGCAGCAAUGCACAUGUUUCAGCGCUUAGGAAAGCUCUUCCGAAAAAUCAGGAAUUUAAUUUAUACUACGAAGGUACUUUACUCAAUGAUGUCUUUACUCUUUCAGCCUACGGAGUAAAGAAUCUGGAUGUAAUACUAGCAUUGCAUCCGAAUUCAAGAACAGAUAUUAAUAUCAACUGGCUAAAGAACUCUAGCCCUGAAGUUCUAAUGGAAAAACUAGAACAGGCUAAGAAUUAUUCUUGUAGGCAGGAAAUGCUUCGUUUGAAUGAUUUACAGAUGUCAAAAAUUGACUUUUCUCAGCAUCAAUUUCAGAGGUUUGCUAGAAGCAUUUCUGCACCGAGCAUUCCCGAGAGUGAUGAAACUGCUGGAAAAGUUAAAUCUCCCAGUGAUAUUAAAACAGGCAACCCAAUGCAAGGCAAAGAUCCUUUACCCUGUUUUUGGGUUGAAACUCCAUAUGAUGGGCCAUUAUGUCCGGAUGAAGAAAUACAACAAUUAAUCAAGAAACCACAUUGA